ACGAAAGUAAAUUGAAAUGUGUCCUUUAUCAUUACUUUUGUUAGGAUGAUAGAAUUUAGAAGAAAAGACACUCACAUAAUGCGGAACGAUUGGACAGAAUGGAAAAGUUGAUUCUCAUUUAUUCUAAUGUUUUACAGCUUUCUAAGACGAUAACAGAUGCGAAAGAUGAGAAAGAAAUCUUCAUCUAUAUUUUUCUCCUUUUUAGUUAUUUAGCGUUUUUGUACUUAUGCUGCUAUUCGGGACAAAUUAUGAUAGAUCGUAGUCAGGACGUGUUCAAGGAAUCGUAUAAUUCUACGUGGUACUGUAUGCCUAUAAAAGCGCAGAAGUUGUUACUGUUUAUGAUGUUAAGGAGUUCAACGGAAAGUGUGAUAAACCUUUUCGGAUUUUUCGUUGCUUCUCAUGUCGGUUUUUCCAAGUUGCUGAGUACGUCUUUCUCGUACUUUACUGUGAUAUACUCAAGUCAAUAGAGUGUUUCAAACAUUAUAGAUCCUACGUUGUUGACAACAGCGAAAUUGUGACUUGAAGUCAGAUUCCUGAUAGUCAACGUGUAUAUUUCCCGUUUUAAUGAAUAAAGCUGUCGU